CCCACCACCCUCUUUCUCUUUCUCUCUCUCGGUCCAUCCCCUCUCUCUUUCUCUCUCCUCUCCCACCUCAUUAAGCAGACCUCCCUUUCUUCCUCGCGGUCCGCUCCGCCUCAGUCAUCACUCGCGGACGGUCGAUCGAAUCGAUGCGAAAUAGAGCACCCUCGAGUAGGUGAGCAAAGGAUUUUGAUGGCAUAAGGCCUUGGGAAAAUCGAGGAGUUCUGGAUCUGAAGCUUGGAUCGAUGGUCAGCAAGGAGAAGGAGCUGGAGGAUCGGCUCCGGGAGGUCGGGAGCAGGCUUGUUUCUCCUCCCUCUGCUGUCGACGAGCUCCUUCCGCUACUCGAUCCUUUAUUUUGGUCCACAUAUUUGAAAUCAAUCUAAAAUUACAGAGUGGAUCAAUGUUUUUCACCUUCAAGGAAUCAUCAAAUUUGAUCAUGGAACUUCAAACUGAGAGUUUGUUAUCAAGAGUGGAACAAUCACCAACCCAGUCAAUGUCAAAUGCACUCAGGCCAUCAAUGAAAGCAUUGGUGGCUAAGGAGUUGCUCGGGCAUUCAGAUAUAGAUGUGAAAGUGGCUGUUGCAUCAUGCAUUAGUGAAAUAACAAGAAUAACUGCCCCUGAGGCUCCGUAUGAUGAUGAUCUAAUGAAGGAGAUAUUUCAGAGGAUUGUUGAAGCCUUUGAAAAUUUGGACGAUAUGUCAAGUCAUUCAUUUCCCAAAAGAGUUUCCAUUCUUGAAACUGUUGCUAAAGUUCGAUCGUGUGUUGUAAUGUUGGAUCUUGAGUGCGACUCAUUGAUUCUGGAAAUGUUCCGAUAUUUCCUAAAUACGAUAAGGCCAAAUCAUUCUGAGAAGAUAUUUUCUUCAAUGGAGAUGAUUAUGACACUUGUUUUAGAAGAGAGUGAAGAUAUAUCCUCAGAUCUAAUCUUGUGCCUUCUGGAUAGUGUAAAAACUGAUAAUAAAGAUAUCUUGCCUGUUGUACGCAGGCUGAGUGAGAAAGUGAUCAGUAAUUGUGCUGGGAAACUAAAACCUUAUAUUGUGGAAUUAACCCAAUCCAUUGGCAGUCCCUUAAAUAAGUAUGGGAAAGUUGUAGCCUCCAUAUGCCAAGAAAAUUCCGAUGGUGUGGAGCAAAAUGAUGCAAAUGUUUCUGGUGAAAUUGCGGGAUCUGCAAAGAUGGAACAAGCAACAGGCUGUCCUGAAGAAAUUACUAUUACAGAGAAAUCGUCAAAGUCUGUGACGAGCAAUGGUAUUGUUCAGAUCGGUAAUGGUGAAUCAACAGUGGAACCAUCUUCUCCAGAACAGAAGCCUGAACCUUCUUAUCACGGUGAUCAAUCUGAAAGGGGCACUGCACCAAACAGGGUUGUUUCAGAUGGCUCGCUUGAGAACAAGGAACCAUCCAGUAAACAUGACCUGUCACCUCCUGGAGCAGACAGUGGAGCUGUUAAAGAUUCAUCGCAGUCCAAAUCAGAGAUUCCUGAUGCAACUCGACGAAAACGAGGUCGACCUAGAUCAAAACUAGCUGCAACAAAGCCUGGAGGCAGUGGAGCAGCUGAGCGAUGUGUUCCCCCUUUGCAACAGAAGGGGUCUGAUAAUGGGAACAAAACUUCAUCGACAAAAGAUUCUGACUUGAAGAAGGAAUCGGAUGGUAUUGGUGAUUCUGAUAACAUUGAGAAGCCUGCAAUUGUGACAAUAGACUCUGAAGGAAAAUCCCAAAGGCAAACUAGUAGAAAGGGUUUAAUCGGUAAGUCUGAUCAUGGAGAUUCAUCACAAAGACUCCGAACAUCCAAAAUUAAACAACAAGACAGUCUCAAGGCCAAAAAGGAUACAGCUGGAGAACCAGUUUUAAAGAUUUCUGAAACACCAACCCUCAAUAAAGAAAUGGAUGAGAGCCUUGUUGGUUCCACAAUCAGAGUAUGGUGGCCCAUGGAUAAGAAGUUUUAUGAUGGUGUUGUUGAUUCUUAUGAUCAUACUUCAAAAAAGCAUAAGGUCAUCUAUAAUGAUGGUGAUGUAGAGAUAUUAUUGUUGAAGAAAGAACGCUGGGAAAUUGUUAAAAACAACAAGAUACACGCGGAACAUGCAAAAGUCUCGAUUGAUCCUGAUGCUUCUUCAGAAGAGCCGAGAAGCAAGAGAACAAAGACAAGUUCAAGUUCCAUCCAAAAGGAAAGAAUUAUCGAGACACCUGCAAAAAGUCACCGUAGAGGUAGGCCACCUAAAGCUGCUGUUUCAAACCUUGACGAUAACCCCAGCACUUCAAGUAAACUAAAAGAGAAGGCAACAAGCAAACCCAAAGAUGGUAGUUUUAGAUCUGGCACUAAGAUCAAGGACGAUGAUAAGAAGAGCAAGGGUGGUAUUUUCAAGGAUAAAGCUACCUCUAAAACCAGAGGUGGGUCCAAGGAUAAUGCGCACAAGUCAAUCAGAAAAUCCAUGGAUGGCACUCCCAAGUCCACAGGCAGGUCAACUGAUAGUGGUCUCAGUGCUAGCAGCAAGGUCAAAAAGGAUGCACCAAAAGGUAAAUCAAGUGCAGACAGCACAAAGACAGGCCUUAAAUCAAGAGGCAUUACCACUCCGAAAACUGGUAGUGAAUCGAAGUCCAAUGUUGGUUCCGAGAAGGGGAAAGCUAAGGUUCGAGAAUCCGAGACAUUGGUUAAGGUGCGCUCAGAUACAACACCAAAGGUACAAGAGAGUGAGGCUUUGGCUGGGAAGAAGCGCAAGAGAAAGGGCCAAACUUGAGUUUCUAUAUGAUUAAUAGUUGAUGUUCACUUGUUCCUCGGGUAAAUUCAAAUCCACUUCCAUUUUCGCACUACUGUCGCAUUGGUGGAUCAGUCCCGAGAUGAUUGUAUUGUAUCAUUUGCCUAUCAAGAAGCCACGAGACUGGUGAUGAAGUCAUGAGCUGGGUGUAGGAACUCAUGUAAGGCUUAUAAUAUGUUUGGCCGUACUUUGAUUCCCAUGAUAAAAGAGGGGUAAACGCAAGCCCUUAUGUAGCUUUACUUUGCAGAUUGUAAGGUAGAUAGCACCGUUGCUAUUUUUGUAUAGUCCACAUGCAAUUAACUCUUGAAAGUUUUGACAAGGCCACUGUAAUACCGUAGACAGCAUCAUUAGUUGCUAGUGGCAGUUAUUUUGUGGUC